GUGUAACCAUACGCUGGUCAAAUUUCAGUGUGUCACGGUAAACAGUCAUGGCCUCUGCUCCGUCCGACCGUCUGCCGUCCAAGAAAGGAUGGCGGAACAUCCUUAACCUCGUGUUCAGCGUUCGGAACCUUUUGACCAUCGUCAUCACUCCGAUAAUCUUGCUUCCGAUUUUGCUCCUUGUGGAAGGAAAUGAAGCAAAAUGUGCUUAUUGCAUCAUUGUUAUGGCGGUAUAUUGGAUAACAGAAGCGCUGCCUAUUGCGGUGACGUCACUGCUUCCCAUAAUUCUGUUUCCAAUGGUCGGGUUACUAAGUGCAAAAGACGUAUCCAACAAAUACCUCAACGACACGGCCAUGCUGUUUGUGGGGGGUCUGAUCGUGGCGGCGGCCAUUGAGUACUGGAACAUCCACAAACGUCUGGCUCUCAGGGUACUCAUGCUCGUCGGCUCAGAACCGAGAUGGUUGAUGUUUGGGAUGAUGUUGCCAACUUGGUUUCUGUCCAUGUGGAUCAGCAACACAGCAACAACUGCCAUGAUGAUUCCAAUUGCCAACGCAGUCUUAGUGCAACUCAAGGAAACAAAAGAUAUAGAAAACUCAGAUGCAGCGGAGGAUGUAGAACUUACGGAACAAAAUGGUGUUACGAUAAUCCGCGAUGAAAAGACAAAUACAUCAAGGAAAAUUCGUGAAAAUGAGAUUGAGAGCCCUGAGUAUCUGCGCAUGUGCAAAGCCCUGUCCCUCGGAAUUGCAUACGCCGCUAACUGUGGGGGCGUGGCUAGUCUGACAGGAACCAAUCCAAAUGUCAUCAUGAAGGGCGUGGCAGACAAAGUAUUUCAAUCCCGGAAUGCCACAUCUCCAGUAACCUUCGCCUCUUGGAUACAGUUCUGCCUCCCAAUUUCUUCCCUCAUUGUAGCAUUCAUCUGGCUCUGGUUGCAGUUUAUCUUUCUUCGGUGCAGGAGAAGCGCAAACUCACCAGAACAAGCGCAGCGAGUCAAAGCUGUCAUCAGAAGGGAAUACAAGAACCUUGGACCAGUCAGUUUUGCCCAGGGGGCGGUCAUUGUUCAUUUUGUGAUUUUGGCCGUAUUGUGGAUCACCAGAGACCUAGGCGGGGCUGGAGGAUGGGGCAGAAUUUUCCCACCAAAGACAGUGACGGAUUCCACGCCUUCUAUUUUAGUUUCUAUCAGCCUCUUUCUGUUUCCGGCCGUUUUACCCUGGAAAUUCAGUGACAGGCACCAUGGAAAAAGUGUGCCAGCUCUUUUACCUUGGAAAGCAGCUGAGAAGAUGGUUCCAUGGGGCGUGGUACUUUUAUUGGGUGGGGGAUUUGCUUUAGCUCAUGGAAGUCAGGUAUCUGGUCUGUCGGAUUGGCUGGGCUGCGAGCUAAGGGUGUUCAAGGAUUUCGAGCCCUGGGUGAUGAAUCUUGUACUUUGCUAUAUUGUUGCCGCUGCCACAGAGGUGACCAGUAACACGGCUAUAUGCUCACUGAUGAUGCCAAUAAUGAGUGAAUUGGCCAUGACUCUCGGCGUUAACCCGCUAUACUUCAUGUUUCCUACCGCCAUCGCUACGUCAUUUGCCUUCAUGCUUCCGGUUGCUACCCCGCCUAAUGCUGUCGUGUUCUCGUACGGUUACGUGAAAGUUGCUGACAUGGCAAUGGCUGGAUUCAUCAUCAACAUUGUAGCUGUCCUUGUGUUGGUUCUAGCAACAGAGACUUGGGGAGAUGCCAUCUUUGGCUUUCAUACACUACCUGCUGCUUUUAAAACUCUGAAUGUCACAGCGUCUAAUUCGACAUUAAAGUGUUAAAAAAACCCAACAUCAUACACGUUACCGAACGUCCAUGAAAUUACUGUUCA